CAAGAAUUAGAGUAUUGCACUACAAAAAUAGUGUGAGAAAUUAAAAAACAACUUUUGGUAUUAUAACAUUUAUAAGAUGUUGAUUGUAGUGCUAUCAAGAAGUUGCUUGGUUUUUUCAUUAGUUCUUUUACUUAUAAACUAAACGAUCAGCAUAAAGUUGGCAAAAAAAAUUGGCAGUCGACCGCUUACAAGGUAUCGCAUCUCAACAGAUAGACGUAGAAAAAAAGGAUAGCGCUGGAAUGGUUUUGGUUUCUAAGGAAAAGUGUGAAGGAGAAGUAGAGCGCGAAAGAUGGACUCGAAAAGCCGAGUUUCUUCUCGCUUGUGUUGGUUUUGCAGUGGGUUAUGGUAACUUUUGGCGUUUUCCUUACAUGUGUUUUAAAAAUGGUGGAGGAGCCUUUCUUAUUCCAUAUCUAUUAUGUCUGAUUCUUGCUGGAAUACCUGUGUUUAUGAUGGAAAUGACCAUUGGACAAAUAUUGCAAACGAAUGCAAUUAAAGCCUGGAAACGUAUCUGUCCAUUAUUUGGAGGUAUUGGUUAUGCAAACAUGGUGAUUUCAUUUAUGGUGUCAGUUUACUAUAACAUCAUUCUCGCUUGGUCCUGUUAUUACUUCUUUAAUUCAUUCAAAUCCAAUCUCCCUUGGGUUGGCUGCAAUAACAAAUGGAACGAAGACUGUUUUAUUUCAAAUAAAUCCAACCAUAAUACCUCUAGGGUUUCGUCAAGCAGAGAAUUUUACGUAAAGAAAGUGUUGCAGUUGACCCAUGGAAUAGAUACACCAGGCAAUAUAAAUUGGGAAAUGUUUGGUUGUUUGUUGCUCGCAUGGACUCUUGUCUACUUUUGCAUUUGGAAAGGGAUACGAACAACAGGAAAAGUUGUCUACGUCACAGCGACAGUUCCAUAUCUCAUACUUCUCAUUUUGUUCUUUCGUGGUGUUACGUUAGAUGGAGCCGGUGAUGGCGUACUAUAUUAUGUCAAACCAAGAUUACACAGUCUAAUGGACUUGAAAGUUUGGGUGGACGCCGCGUCUCAGAUCAUGUAUUCCUUAGCGAUUGGUCUUGGAGUUAUUCUUGGUUUUUCCAGUUACAAUAACAGAAACAACACCACUUUAUAUAGAGACGCUGUAUUAAUAUCUAUUGUUAACUGUGGCACAAGUAUCUUUGCCGGUUUUGUGAUAUUUUCUGUCGUUGGAAAUAUGGCGAUGCUGCAAGGAAAAUCAGUGGAAGAUGUUGCAUCCCAAGGACCUGGUCUAGUUUUCAUAGUGUAUCCCGAAGCUCUUUCCAAACUUCCUAUUCCUCAAUUUUGGUCAGUAAUAUUCUUUUUUAUGCUAAUCACGCUCGGAUUAGACAGUCAGGUACGUAGGAAGACAAUACGUCAACAGAAUUAUCCACUCCAUAAAGUUUUUAUUCUUUUUUCGAAACAGUUCGGUCAAGUUGAAGUAAUCUGCAGUGCCAUUAUCGAGAAAUACCCCCAAAAGCUACAUCGCUACAAAGAAAUCAUCGUAUUUACAGUCUGUUUCGUAGAAUUUCUUCUUGGAAUUUCAUGCAUAACACAGGGUGGAGUAUACGUCUUUAAUCUGUUGGAUUCUUUUGCUGCCGGAGUGUGCUUGUUGUUCGUGGUGAUAUUCGAGUUAUUUGUGAUGGCCUGGGUUUUUGGUGGAAGAAGGUGGAUUAAUGUGAUCUAUAAUUUAACGGGAACACGAAUCCAUUCUUGGUGGCUGAUCUGUUGGAAGUAUAUCUCUUUGAUAUUGGUUGCUACGGUUUUUUUCUUCAACUUGAUAAAAUAUCCAGAAAAGGGGAUAACAUAUGAGACAACAUACAGAUAUCCAGUGUGGGCCGAGGUGUUAGGAUGGUGUAUAGCAGCUCUUCCAAUGGUUUGUAUUCCUGCUUAUGCAAUGUUGAAAAUCUUGCAGACAUCAGGAACGAUUAAAGAGCGAAUAUCAUAUUUAAUGCAACCAAAGGUCAAUUUCAACGAGAUCGAACUUCAAGUGGCAUCCAGUCCUCAGGCAUUAUUGCAUAGUGACCAAGUUGUAAGAUGAUCUGUUUGAUGAAAGUUACAAAACAAUAAUUUUGAAUUUUGUGUCUUAUGUGCUGUAAAAUAAUUCUUAGUACAGUAAACAUGUGCAGCAUUUAUUUUGUAUUUGCAUUGGAAUCAAUAAUGAUCGCUUGCGUUUGUUCUGGUUCA